AACAAUUAUCGUCAUCAAACCCCAGCCCAAAUACCCCGCCAAACACGCCGCUUCCAAAGCAGAGGCCUCGAAGCAGAACAACACUUGAGCACUGCUGGUGCUGUUGUAUGUGAGCUUGGUGUGCUACCACCUUCUCCUCGUAUCCGGCUGAGUGUGCAGCGCACACUUGCAGUCAAAGUGGAACUGGAACGAGCGUGAGGUGAGAACAGCUGAGCAAGGAUUUCGAGGUACUGAGGACGCCCAACCAUGAAUCAGCACACCACAACGGAGGUGCUGGACUUUGUGCUCAACAAAGGCGUCAAGGGCCUCGGUUUCACCGUCGUGGAUGACGAGGAUGGCGUGUAUGUGCACUCCGUGUCCGCGGAAGGUGCCGCAGCCGGGUACCUGAUGCAGGGCGACAAGAUCCUCUUUGUCAAGAACAUCGACGUGCGCGACUGGCAGCUGUUUGAGAUUGUCAACAUGCUCAAGAGCACGCGGCAUGGCAAGGUGCCCAUCACCGUCGCCCGGGAGGUGUCCGACGCGACCACCAUCUCCACAGACGAGUACCUGCGCGCGCAGUGGAUGGAGGACGAGGCGGGCCAGGCCCUGGGCAUUGGCGAGACGUUCGUCGUCGACUUCACCGACAUCAAGGAGCAAGAGCUCGGCAUCAUGCUCACAGGUGGAGCCUCGCCCUCGGACGCGUCCCUCCCCAUCACGGUGGAGAGCAUCCUCCCGGGCUCCCUGGCGGCCACUGACGGCCGGCUCGUGCCAUCGGACGUCAUCAUCGCCAUCAACGGUCGCCGCGUCGCCGGGGCGAGUCUCCAGGGCGCUCUGCGGCUGCUGAGCGCGGCGGAGCAGUCUGGCUCCGUUGUGUUUGUGGCGCAGCACGCGCGGUCGUAUGAGGCGCAGGCCAUCCAGAACCAGCCCAUCACCUCCGUCGACACGCGCCUGAUGAAGUCGCACACGCUCGAGCGCGUCAUCCUGGUGCAGAAGCGCAAGCGGACGGCGCCCGUGGUGCGUUGCCGCCUGUCCAACACCACGUGCAUCACGGGCCUGCGCACGGCUGUUGUGGUCGAGCACGUGGAGGCCGGCUGCGACCUGUGGCGUGCGGGCCUGCGUCCGGAGCAGGUGAUCCUCGUCCUCAACGACUUUGUGCUGACGACGGUGACGCCGAAGCUGCUGGUGCAGGUGCAGCGCGACCUCAACACCCUGCAACGCCUCGACAUCAUGUCCAUCGUGCCCGCCCCCUCCAACCGCAACCAGCAGCCGUCGGCGGCGGUGCGCGCCGUCCUGCGCCGCUAUCGUGGCCGUUUUGGCAUCACGCUCACGGACAGGCUGCCGCAGCUGCCGUACAUUGAAGGCCUCUUUGUCGAGAGCAAAGGGCGGGAGUUGUUUGGCGACAACGCGGGCCGCGUGUCGAGCGGCAUGUGCGUGCAGUCCAUCAACCAGCGUACGUGUCACGGCCGAACGUUUGCGGAGUGCCUUGACCUGAUGCAGCAGGCCAAGGGGUCGGUGGUGCUGCACCUGCUGCCCGUGGUGUACCCGCGCAUGGACGACGAGAAACGCGAGCUGGCGAGAUUGGCGGCGGCGGCAGAGGCAAAGGCGCAGCAGGGUGCAACAAACAACACAACCGCAGCACAGCACAGCAGCAGCACCGCCCCUCACGCGACACCUACAACGGCUGCAUCACAACCACAGUCAUAUCACCAACAGCAGCAACAGCAACAGCAGCAGCAACAGCAACAGCAACAGCAGCAGUCGCCAGCGUCAUCGUCAUCGUCGUCGCAGCUGUCACUGGCAGAGGGUGCAGCUCUGAGUGUGGCUGACACCAAGCAGCCCACACAUGCAGAGAGCGGGGCGCCAACAAACGCCACGACGCGGGGUGAAAGAGGCAGCAGCGUCGUUUACGACAACCUUCGUGAGCCAUCGCAAGGUGAAAAAGGAGAAGGAGAGCAGGUAGGGCGGAAUACCAAUGCGAGGGCAAACGACGUCAUCUAUGACAACAUGAAGGCGUUGAAGGGCGACAGCGAGGAUGCAGAAGAGAGGCGACAGCACGAUGUUGCAAGUCAUGAUGGUGAGGUUGAGGUUGAGGGUGACGGUGACGGUGACGGUGGCGGUGAUGAUGGUGGUGAUGAUGAUGAUGAUGAUGAGGUUGAGGUGAAGGGUUAUGGUGAUGAAGAUGGAGACGGUGAUGACGGCGACGAUGAGGCGACGAGCGUGUCGCGAACAGAAGGGCGCGGGUCGUUGAGCAUUGGGCGGCAGUCUGAUUCGGACAUGUCCUCCCUGUACUACCCCUCCACAACGUCGCACGUGUCGACGACAGACGCUUCCACGCGCCGCACGUCCUCGCUGCUGCCGCGUGGGGAGUUGAAGGAGGUGGUCAUUGAGCGGGACGACAUGGGUCUUGGGUUUGGCAUCUGCAGCGGGCAGGGCUACAAGGGCAUCUUUGUCGGCAACGUUGCUCCCGAGGGCCCGGCCGCUGGGCAGCUUGAGAUUGGCGACCACCUUGUGUGGGCGAGCGGGCACGCGCUGGUGUCGAUACCGUAUGACGCCGCCGUGUCGCUGCUCACGGCCCCGCGUCCCGCCCUCCGCCUCAUUGUCGCCCGGCGCAUGCACGGCUCAUUCAACUACCUCGCCACAACGCUUCAGAAAGGGCCGGGCGGCCUGGGUUUCAGCAUUGCCGGUGCCAUGGCCAGCACCAGUCGCGAAGGCGUCUACAUCCGACACAUGGCAGCACGCGGCGUUGCUGAUCUGGACGGCGUCCUCGCUCGCGGUGACCGCGUCAUCGCCAUCAACGACACGUGUCUGUUGGGUAAAUCACACUUGGAGGCCGUUCGCGCCUUCCAGGAAGCGCCGCCACAGGUUGCGGUUGUUGUUGAGCGAGUUGCCACCGCCAGCUCCCAGACCAGCGCCGCUACGACAUCCACAAACGCAGACACUGCACCACACGACACGUCUGACAUGAGCUCCAUCGACCACGCCGCCAGCUCAGCAAGUGACACAAACGAGCACGAGCACCUGACGACAUUUAUGCCAUGAGAGCAGUGUCAUCCUCAUUGCGUUCCUCGUGUGCAUCAUUUGUUCGUGUUGUGUAUGCUUGGGCUUGCCGGAAGGUGUACCUGCUGAGUAUGCUUGUAUCGGUUCGUGUUUGUGCCUUCUCUUCUGUGGCAGUCCACUCUGUGUAUGUUUUGCAUUCAUUUGGCUUUCUGACUUUGCUCGUGUGCUGUAUGGCUGUAUGGGGAGGGGGCUGUCUGCCUGCUUGUUUCGUUGCGGGUAGUGCUUUGCUUGGGGUGUGAGUUUACUUUUCUCAAUCGCUUGCUGCUUUCCAGCGUAAGAGGGUGGAGGGGAAGGGGAAAGAGAGAAGGGGGAAAGGGAGGGACGACUGAAGAACAAUAAAGGCGGCGUGUGUGCAAGAAUACACGACGUGACGCCAG